CGCCGGGCCCCGCCCCCGAGCCCGACACGCACUUCCGGCGACGCCUCGGCGGGGCCAAAGCUCAGCCGGAGCGGGCGCGCCGGGGCCUCGGGGAUGGACGCGCUGGCGGUCCUGAUGCAGGACCUGCUGACCCGGAACCAUGCCCUGCGCAGAGAGAACAACGAGCUCAUGGAGCAGGUGCGGCGGCUGCUGUGUGAGAAAGCCAACCUGCUGGCCCAGGUGCGUCCGUGCCCGGUGGCUUUUCCCGAAACCUUUAAAGGCGACUCCGCCCGGCUGCCCGAGUUUUUGAUCCAAGCGGCCUCUUACAUGAGGUUCUUCGAGGGCAGAUUCUCGAACGACACCCUGAAGGUGGCGUUUCUUAUCAGUCGCCUCAGUGGGGCGGCAGAAGAGUGGGUAGCCCCGUACAUCGAGAGGGAGAGCCCCAUCCUGGCUCAUUACGAGGGCUUCGUGGACGCGCUGAAGCGGGCCUUUGGCAGAAAUGGAUAGAAAGCAACCGGGCCGGGACCCCUUGUGUCGGGAGGGACGGCUUCGAGCCACUGCGCUCGCCACAAGCCCAGCACUCCUUGGCUUUGAUUCACGAAGAGCGCUCCACUUCCCAGCUGCUGGCACCCGAGCCUGGCUGGGAAGCUUGGUCGCCGCCUGUUCUUGCCAACCCCACUGCCU